CCCUGCUGCAUUCAACAAGGUGGUGGCAUCGGUUCCACACACGUCGCGCGUAAGCUGCUCGUCCGGGGAGUCUGUGAAGCAGUAGUGAAUGUGUGAAAAGAAAAUGUUUCCGUAAGAGAAAAAAAAAACUUGUCCAAAACGAAGCAUUCAAUCAGUGUAAGCCAUCCAUCCUGCUGGAGGGAUGUGACAAACCUCCUGGCAGAUCCGGGAUUCUCGAUGGUGGUGGUCUUAGUUGUGGCUGGUUCGCGCAAAAGAAAUGUUCAACAAAUCAGCAACCUUUCUGAAGGGUGCGGGUGCCGCCGCCACGGCACUGUGUCCCGGCGGUGGCAGCAGCAUAGGGCCGGCUGGUGGACCAAGUUCCGGUUCGCUCGGUUCGAUGGGUGAGAAGCAACGGUUCCGCAAAGUGAGCACGCUGCUGCCACCGGUCAAGCUGCUCAGCAAACGACGGUGCUAUUUGUGUGUUAAGAUAGCGGUACUGGUCGUCGUGUUCGGCCUGUACUUUAUGCUACUGCUCCGGGAGUCGAUGAGUGCCCUGACGGGGUCCUCCACCUCCACCACAUCGGGAGCUUCCUCGCCGUUCUCGUCGUCCGCGUCAUCGAUGCCCUCGUUUGCGGCCCUAUCGUCACGUGGUGGAAUGCUCAAAAAGUCUGCUGGCACCAAGCUGGAUGCGUUGCAGGAUAAGCAGCGUCACGGUCGGGGUGGCAAGCACGGCAGUAAUGGUGUCGGUGCCGAGGGACGGCUAGCACGACCAGUGAAACAGCGGCACCAGUUCCCACCGCUACUACACCAGCAGCAGCAGCAGCAGCAGUCACCGUCGGAUGGGAGUAACCAUUCGACGCUGAAUCCGGUGUAUGAGUAUUCGGACGAGAUGAAUGCCGCCGCCGAGACGGACUUUAACGAGCGGCGCAUGAUGCUGUGGAACGUUUGUGCCGAGCACCGUAUCAUCGGCAAGUAUCCACCGAACGCGUGGGAAUUUUUCAUCUCGCCCGGGCACGGUAUCGCGUGGUGCAACAUCUUCAAAGCGGCCAGCAGCACAUGGAUGUACUAUUUCAACAUACUCGGAGGAUACAGUGUGCAGUACCUGCAGCGCACGAAGGCAUCGCCGAUCGAUCUGGCACGGAAACGCUUUCCUCGACCCACCGCUACCGAGCUGAACGAUUACAUCUCCAACACGAUAUCGUUCCUGAUCGUCCGGGAGCCCUUCGAGCGGCUGCUCUCAGCCUACCGCAACAAGCUGGAAGGAUGUCGCAACAAAUACUACAAGCUGCUCGGGGAACAGAUCGUCAAAAAGUUUCGCAAAGCGCAUCCACUGAAGGGAGCGAAAACACCACACGGCCCUACGUUCCGUGAGUUUCUCGAAUUUUUAGUAAGCCAUUACCGUUCCGGCGGACGCUUUGACGAGCAUUGGAGUCCGGUGUACUCGUUCUGUACGCCCUGCAGCAUCAACUUUACGCUUAUCGCCAAAAUGGAAACGUUCCAGCGGGACAGUGAGUACAUUAUCCGGCAGGCCGGACUCGAGACGCUGCUGCUAAACAAGAUGUCCCGAUACAAGGCACGCUGGAUAACGAACCGUUCGGCAAGCGAUACCCGUAAUCUUAUUCCCAGAUAUUUCGCACAAAUCGACGAGAAGCUGCUCACGGACGUGUUGGAGAUCUAUCAGCUGGACUUUGAGCUGUUCGGGUACAACAGCACCAAGUACUACAGCUACGUCCAAUCGCCCGACUAUGGAUAGCCGACGAUCGGACCAUCCGGCGUACAGCAAAUUACCUUAAAAGACUAAGUUUAAAACAACAGAACACAGGCUGGCAGUGAACAAUACCACCACGUGUAGGAUCCCGUGUCGUGCUGUCGUGUGUAGCUAAUGCCGACCGUAACGAGGCAAGGUGUUGUGUCUGUGCGUGUCGUUAGAGAAGAAACCCGCGUAGCAAAUUGUUUUAGAAGUCACCGAGAUGAAUGUUUUCCUUAUACAACAAGUAUACACCGAUCUAUAUAUAUAUAUAUUAUAUAUACACUCACACAAUUCUUCAUUUAUUGUGGGGAGAAACGAAGAACGAAUGCGAACAGAUCAAGAGCGUCACAUAUAGUGCAUCCUCUUAUCGUAUCUCGAGAGUUUAAAGAUUUCUAUUUUUUGUAUACAAGAUCAGAAACUUCAACUAAUCGUGAUAAUAUAGUUGCGUUGCGUUUGGGGUUCAUCGCUAGGAAAUUUAUGACUUAAAAAAAUUGAGCUGAUAGCGAUGUCUUUAUUCUGAUUCUUUUGAUUGGGUUUUUAGCAUAGUUUGGACAAAUCCCCCCAAAAUACCCCAAAACGACCGCACUGAUUUAGGAUAAACUAAUUUAAACAUGGAAUCAGAAUUGUUUAAAACAGAAACACUAGAAAAGAGAGAGAGAGAGAGAGAGGUAGAGAGAGAGAGAGAGAGAGAGAGAGAGAGAGAGAGCUUAUGGUAUUUCGACAGUGAACAUUUUACCACCGGACAAAAGCAAACAAACAACCCGAUAGAUAACGAAGCAGUAGCAGAGGUAGCAGAUAUACGUUGCACAAAUUUAUUUAAACUCAUUUAAAGCUUCUUCUGUCUGUAGACACGUCUUUAGUCCACCUCCCAAUACUCUAUUGCUCCCUGAUGUAAUGAAAAUAGUUUAAUUUAGCAACCCAGAAAUUCCACAUUGUAGAUCCGAUCGAUCCCCUCUCGAGGUUCAAAGUGCCAAAAAGCAAAAGAAACAAUGCAAACCCUGGCGUAUCUUAGGGUCGAUGGCAAAAACACACACACACACACACACACACUGGUAGAUGAGUAGAGCGAAAGCACAACACAAAACUUCCCACAGAGUGCACGAAGAAUCGGCUUGUUGCAGUAGUGGACAGAUAUGAUAAGAGUAUUGCUGUGAAAGGUAGUGAAACUAACAUUUCCACCCCAGUGUUUAUGGAACACUGGUAUCCAGCAAGGAACAAGGAGCUGGAGAACUUCUUUUCUUCCGUGAGAGUGGAUAGAAUUCGACGAACGAUUCUAGACUGGUGGCGAAAUAUUUACAGGCCCCACGCGAAACACGCAAACCGAAAUGGAAUGAGUCAUGGAAAGUAGGAUCGACAAGAAUCUCACAAGACGCUCCCUUACGAUCGUCGAAAACAGAGACUAAUUAUAGCGAUGGUAAAGCAAAUGUUGUAGGACACGGAAAAAACACGUCGCAAGACGUCAGAUGAUUUUGAUAAACAUAUUUAAAAACGUACGGAAAUCUAAAACAAAAGAAAAAAAAAACAAAUCAAAAUUCUAAAUUUUGACCCAUGUACUUGAUUUAUGUCUUUCUUUUCAAAGCAAAGCAAACACGUUUAAAGAGAAGGAGCUCGCGUACUCUUAUCGUAAAACCGUAGCUAGUCGGGGAGGGGAUGGGUGUCGAACAGUGGGGAAGGAAUCGAAAGACGCAAGCCAAAGGAGCGUGAGUGUAGUUGAAGCAAAUUGGCAACGAUUAACAAUUUGUUUCACUAAAUAAACACACACGGUCACAGCAGAACGGGAGGGAAAGGAAACCCCCUUUUCAAAGGAUAAACAGAACAAGCGAAACCAACCUUUUGAUGCUAGUGACUAUUUAAAAAAAACAUUACAAGUUAUACACAUAUUUAACUGGACAAACCACACACACACAUACACAAACAGAAAACAACAUUUACAACCCUCUUAUCUUAACCUGUAAAUCAAUUUAACACUGUUUAAGAAAGCCGGAAUGCCGUGAAAUAAAAGAAAUAUUAGUACCGAGUUGAACAAAUGUUUCAGAUAGUAUGUACGGGGAGGGUAACAUGCGACAACGUUACAGCUUGUUGGAAACACAUACACAAAAUAACAACAUGUUCAACCAUCAAACAACAAUAUACUGAUUAAAUGAGUCUCAUUGAUAUGAAGAAAAAGAGUAAAGAAAAAACGUACAAAGAAAUCCACGAAGAAGAUCACCCAAAACGAAGAGGAAAACUAAAUCACAAAAAAAUACAAACGUUCGAUCGGCACAUUUAAAGCAACUGGCUCGUACACAUAUACGAAUAUAAAAUAUGAUUCAUUGUCGUUGUCAACUAUGUACUUUUGAUAUUUUAACAAUAUCCCAACACAUCAUCAUCACUCACAACGUGAAGAAUAUGGAAGAAUAUUGUAACGAGUUAGGGAACAAGCAAAUAGAAGAGCCGAAAAACCAUAACAACCGACUCUAUGCAUUGCACAUACCCUUCUACCGGUUACUAUAAAUUCUACGUAAAAGCUACCAAAAGGAAAAAAAACCCAUUAAAACACAUCCGCAAAAUUCCAGCUCCAUCAUUAAUUGUCACCGAAAAAGAAAAACCAAAAACUAAUAGAAAACAAUAGACAACAAACACACAGCAAAUACCCACGAGGUUCGUGCGCGCGGGCAAGCAAAGGCCCUGGUGGCUAAGGGUAGGCUACAGUAAACCAGCAAACAGCGAAAAGGGUUGCAUUGCUGGAUGUCUAUAGAUCGCGCGCGCGCGCGGGAGAUACAUUUGGAUAGACUGAUUCAAUAAAAUUACGAAAUAAAAAUCCCA